AACUAUUAUAUUGAACGUAUUCUAGGUAUAAUUUUUGUAACGGAUCAAACGAACGCUUAAGACAUUUUACAAAAGAAAUAUAUAAAACAUGGGAUCUUGCAAUAUUAGUAUCAUCGGCCUCAUUCUUUUUAACAUUAUUUACUCAAGUUACACAGAAGAUUCAACAUUUUCUCAAGAAAAUAGAUCAGAACAUCUACUUAUACCUGCGAAUGUAAAUGGUCAGAGACUUUACACUUACUAUGAGAAUGAUAGUACUGUGAUAACAUCACCUGAACCUGGCUAUCAAGAUUGUAAAAUACCUGGUAUCAUACCAUCAAAUCACAGGCAUGAACUUGGAAAUGGUAAAAUGGUUGCAUUUACUCCGAUAUACACUCAUUUCAGUAUACUUGAUUUCAAGAAUUGCUCUUCAUAUACUCCUAUUCAUAUUAAUGACGGUAAACCGUAUUAUUAUGAUUCACAAUUGGAAAUACAUGCAGUAAUUCCUCAUUACAACACUUUCGAUGUAUAUAAUCUACGAAACCGGGCCUGCAAUCCAUGUCGUUACAAUGACAAGGGUGAACGUCUGCAAGUAGAUAAUAUACUGAUGCCGGAAACGGAUAAAGCAAGCAAGUAUUUUUUAGAACCAAUAACAAAUAUUUCUGGUGUCAGCAAUGGGUACCUCAACGGGAUUUCUUUUCGAGCUAAUGAUUCGACAACUUUAAGAGUUUUGGAUUCGAAUUACAACAUUGUCAAAGAGCGAUCAUUAGACGGACAGUAUUUGGAUUCGUCAACAACUCAUGGGAAUGUGACAGUCUGCACCAGUAUAAAUACUUGCCCGGAUAGUUUCUUCGAUUGUCUUGCUCCGAGAUGUCAAUUGUUAGACUCAAAUUUGAAUACGAUUGCUAAUGUCGGAGUACAGCAGCCCAAGGGAAAUCCUAUGUUUGUAUAUGUGCACAUAAAGAACCUUAAGGAUGGCGGAGCCAUGAUUUCUAUGGAAUUUGGUUACUAUGAUCUAUUAAAUGGGGACAGUCGUCAGGAUAUUUUCAUUCAACAAAUUAAUGCAAAUGGUAAGGUUGAACCAGUAAUUCGUCUCGGCAGAUUUGAUGCUGAGUAUGUUAGCUUUCAUCAUUAUAUGCUAAAAAGCGAAGAAUAUUGCGCCGUACUUUCAUUAGAGAAAAAAGAAGAUAAAGAUUAUUCUCUUAUUAAAUGCGUUAUUCCAAAAACGCCAAGGAAGGAUUAAUGGUCAAGAAUAAUUUAAUUUUGGUUAUGUAAGCUUGAUAUUGAGAAUACACAUUUGUGACGAAAUAUUUCAUAAUAUUUUUCGCCAAUUUAGCAGUCAGCUACAUACAGAAUAAAAAAAUUAAUAUUCAUUUUCGUGAUAUAGUAACUUUUUUCUACAUUUAUUAGGAUAAAAUAUCUGGCAUGGUGACUGGAUACUAAACUUUAUGUGUUUCUUCGUUAGAUGUUUUAUCCCUAAAAAUUCUAUUUUUCAUGAGGAUUGAUCGUUUCAUAACUGUUGUUUCCACGAAAAGUUUUUGUUAUUCUAAUCGCAUAUCGAGCAAAACAGAAAACUGUAGGAAAUUUUUGUUAUUAAUAAUGAGGCUACAUUGUAAAAUAACUUGACAUUCAAUAAGAAAAAUUAAAUUUGCUCUCGCACACUUGUGUCACAUAUCUCGGAAAUAUUUAAUAAAUAAUCAAAUUUUAAUAAAAUAAAUUUAAUUAAUUAAUAAUUUA